UCCCUUCCUGGCUGAGUUCAAACACUGCAGCAAUGCCUUCGCCAGGUGUGUGUGUGAACAUCAUAAACGCCCGUCACCUGAAAGAUGAUAAUGGGAUCGUCACUAACCCUCAGAAGUUUCUGGACCAAGACUUUGAGCAGCUGAAACAGUACUGUAUGAUUAAACGGGUAAAGUACAUCGACGGCAUGUUCCCCCCUGACGUGAGGUCCAUCGGGCCUGGGGUACUGACCCCUUCUGAGCUGAAGCGAGUGGUGUGGCUGAGACCAUAUAAAAUGGUUCUCAAUCCUUGUUUUGAAGUUGAUGGGGUCUCCAGGUUUGACUUUGGUCAAGGCAUGCUUGGAAACUGCUGGUUUCUUGCAUCAAUCGGAGCUCUGACGUUCCAGCCCUCCAUCCUUAAGCAGGUCGUUCCUCUUGAACAGAGAUUUGACGAGGAGUACUGCGGGAUAUUCCACUUCAGGUUCUGGAGGUUUGGAAGAUGGGUUGAUGUUGUUAUUGAUGACAAACUACCAACUAUUGAUGGCAGACUGGUCUUUGUUCACUCCAAAGACCCAACUGAGUUCUGGCCUGCUUUGAUGGAGAAAGCCUAUGCCAAAGUGUGCGGUUCCUACUCGGACAUGAAUGCCGGAACUACUGCCGAGGCUUUAGUGGACUUCACCGGUGGAGUUCACAUGUGUAUUGAUCUGACAGAAUCUCCCCCAACUCUGUGGGAGUUGAUGGGCAGAGCUGGCCAAUCCAAGUCACUGAUGGGCUGUGGUACACCUCAGGGGGCCACAUCUGACAACACGGUUUUACCAAAUGGAAUCGUCCAAGGACAUGCCUACACUGUCACAGGUGUGAAACAGAUUCUGAGCCGAGGGCAACCGGUAAACCUGGUGCGUUUGUGGAACCCCUGGGGCCAACAGGAGUGGAUCGGAGACUGGAGUGACAAGUCUCCUUUGUGGCAGACCGUGAGUCCUCAAGAUCGUGAAGUGUGCCUUUCUGUGGCUGAUGAUGGGGAGUUUUGGAUGACCCUGGAAGACUUCUGCAGGUUCUAUAGUGAUCUGGACAUCUGCUGCCCGUCUCCCGACUUCCUUGAUGGAAAUACUUCUUGCCACUGGAAGACCUCCCGCUAUGAGGGCCGAUGGGUUGCAGGAACAACUGCCGGAGGAUGCGCGAAUAAUAGUGACAGUUUCUGGACUAAUCCGCAGUACCGGGUCAAGAUUGAGGAAGUACUCAGUGAAUGUUCUGGGAAACAGGGUGAGAAGAACAUGCUGUUGUCUCUGAUGCAAAAGCCUGACAAGAGGAACAGACGUCUGGUCCAAAAUCUCAGCAUUGGAUUCUAUGUAUUUGAGGUGACUGAAGAAUACAAGUCACGUAGUGGAAAGUUCCCAGCCUCGUUCUUCAACCCGAACAGACUUGCCUACCAAACUACAAAAUACGAAAGCGCACGUGAGGUGAUGGGGUUCCUGAUGCUAAAGCCUGGCGAGUACCUGAUCGUACCGUCCACCUUUAAUCCCAAUGAGACUGCCACCUUCAUCCUGACCAUCCUCUCCAAGUCAGAGACCCACGUCCAUGAGAAUUCGGGUGGCCAUUACCACGAACAACAGGAAGUGAUGGACAAAGGAACUGAAAAUGAGGAGAACGACGAAAAGAAGAAACACUUUUUCCGUCAAUACUCUGACAAGUACGAAGAAGUGGAUGCCGAGCAGCUCCAGAGGCUUCUAAAUGAACAAAUCCUGAAAGGAGACUUGAAAUCAGGAGGCUUCCGCAUUGAUGCCUGUCGCAGCAUGGUUGCUCUGAUGGAUACGUCAAUCACUGGCAAACUCAAUGGAGAGGAAUUUGUUCGUCUCUGGAAGAAGGUCGUCGCGUACAAGGACAUUUUCUUCCGCACUGAUGUUUCAAAGACGGGAACACUGUCAUUGAGUGAGCUGAGGAAUGCUAUCAUGGCGUCAGGAAAGAGCGCCAGCGAUGACAUGCUGAACUUGUUGGCUCUGCGCUACGGUGCCUCCUCUGGACACAUCACCCUGGAGAGCUUCAUCAGUAUGGUGCUGCGCUUCGACUGCAUGAGCCAAAUCUUCAGCCAGUUGUCAAAUGGAAUGAACAUGACUCUUCGUGAAUCAGAGUGGAUGUACGUUUCGAUGUACUCUUAAGCUGACAAGAAGAUGUCUGCUGCUUUGGAAAUGUAGCAGCAGAAAAUAGAAAAGGUGUUCUCCUGCAACUGAGUUCUUACAUGGUAUGACAUAACAGGGCACUUACUUUUACAUUUUAACUCCACCCAUUUUAGGAUUAGCCAUGAGUUAGGCAGUGUCGGUUGUAAUUCUAACUAGGGUUACACAUUUGUUAAAAAUAUUAUUUAGAACUGAAAAACAGUUUUCAAGUCAAUUGUAUUACAGUUUUUGAGCAGAAAAGCACAGCUUUGUCAAAGCAGUAUCACAAAAAAUGUAUCAAAUCGAACAUGAUGUGUAUUGUUGCAUCCCUUUUAAAUGUGAUAAGAAUAACAGUGAUUUUAAAAUAUAACCUAUUCAAUCGUUUUUCUAUAUGCAAGUCUCUCUGGUAUACUUCAUUUGUUGUUUUUAGGUUACUGCAUUUUGUAUUAAACUGACGUCGGAUUUUAUUAUGUGUUUUUAGCCAUGCUAGAGCUGGUCAGUCCACUAUUUAGUAUCCCAACAACUUUUGGAUGGAUUGUCUAUAAUUGUGGUAAUAUCCAUGGUGAUUAGGAUAUGAAACAUACUGACUUUGGUGAUACCCCCUUUUUUUUUUUUUUCAACUGUUGGUUUGAUUUGCAAUGCAAUUUGGUUCAGACAUGCAUUCUCCCUGAAUGAGUUGUAUUCACCUUGGUGAUCCUUUACCUUUACAUCUAGCCCCACCAUCUGGACAUUAUUUUAAUUGUCCAACAUAAUAACUAACUUUUGUAAAUCCAAAAUACCUAUUGAAUUCGAAAUGCUGAAUGUUGGCUAAAAUGCUAAACGAUAAUGGUAACUAUGGUAAACGUUAAAUAUCAGUAUAUAAGCAUCAACAUUGGGGCGUUAUUGGCAGGCUGACAUUAGCAAUUAGCUCAAAGCACCGCUGUGCACAAACACAGCCUCAGACUGGUGCUAGCAUGGCGCUAGACUCAGUAUUGUUAAGUCUAUAAGCUAAUCCUUAUGGUGGGAUACUUAUACAUUUUAUGUUUUUGGUGAGUAUAGACUUUGUACUUUAAA